AUGGUCGAUAUAGGUCCUUUGGCUGAUAAGGUACUCGAGUAUUUAGCUGAAAGGGUUGAUACUAAUUAUCGUAUUGCUGUUAUUGUUGUAGGGCCUCCCGGAUCGGGCAAGUCAACUAUUAGCGAGAAACUGUGUAAAGAAAUCAACGCUAGAUUUCGGCAAUACUUGCAAAAGAGAUCUUACAAAACUCAACUGCUUGAGGCGACGAAACUUGACGGUGGAGUAGAAAAUUUUUGCGAACAGAUACCAAUUUUAGGACCGAAUGCUCGCAAGAAGCUUGAAAGUGGUCUUUUCGAUCACGUCGAGGAUUUAAAUUAUACACCUCACAGAUUCAAAGACGAUGCGUGCGAAUCCCAGGUAAUUACCGGGCGCGGUGGUUUACCUAAUAGUAUCAGAGUAAGCAAACUGAGGCCAGAACGAUCUUUAGGUAAUGAUAUCAACAUAGCACAGAUUGUCCCCAUGGAUGGGUUUCAUCUUUCGAGAAAGCACCUCGACCAUUUUAGCGACUCUGCUGAAGCUCAUAAACGUAGAGGCUCACCUCUCACCUUCGAUAGCAACAACUACUUACAAUUAUGCAGACUACUUGCUAAGAGCUGCCAAGUGAAACCAAGCCUCUCAACCGAUUGUGGAAGCCACUUAUUUGACAAACUGUCUUCGUCAUUCAGCAAAGACGUACCCUCCAUUAAUAUCCCUGGGUUCGAUCAUGCGCGCAAGGAUCCUACCACAGAUGAGCAUUGCAUAGAUGCAUUUACAAGAAUUAUAGUGAUGGAAGGACUCUAUCUACUUCUGAAUGAAGAAAAUUGGAAAGAAAUCUAUCCCGUAUUCAAAGAAACACAUGCUGUCAUAAUCUGGAAGCUCGACUCGGAUGUUGAUCUCUUAGAGCAAAGAGUCGCACAAAGGCAUCUCGCAGCCGGCUUAGCACCCACCCUGGAAGCCGGAGUUGAACGUUUUAGAAUGAAUGAUCUCCCCAAUGCCAUGAAGAUCAAGGAGCAAAGUUUAGAUGCAGAUGAUAUAGUGAUUAUAUCUAAUGACUGA